UAGGGGGCACAAAAUUUCUCAUCUUUCUCUAGGACUUUGAGACAUGACGGGUGCUGUCUUCCUGGCUAUCCUUUGCUUAGGUGUGGUCUCAGCAGCUCCAUCACUGGAUCCCGGUUUGGAUGCUGAAUGGCAGGAGUGGAAGACAAACUAUAAGAAAACAUACAGCCCGGAUGAAGAAGGACACAAGAGGGCAGUAUGGGAGAGUAACAGGAAAAUGAUUCAACUGCACAAUGAGGAAUAUGACCAGGGAAAGCACAGCUUCACCAUGGAACUGAACGCCUUUGCUGACAUGGUGCGUGUGUGUGGAUUGCUUAGUAUUCUGCUGAUUUUCCUCAGUUCUUUAUAAGUAGUCUCUGCCUUUUUUUUUUUUUUUCUU